AUGAAGGACCCGCAGCCCCCGCCCGGGGCCGAGCCCGAGCCCGCGUGGAGCGGCCCGGGGAGCCCCGCGCGUGGCGCUGCCCACGGGCCCGGGUCCCGGCCCGACGGCGGGGGCGGGGGCGAGGCGGCCGCGUGGGAGGGGCGCGGGGCCCGCGGGCCGCGGCACCUGAGCCCGGUGUGGGAGGAGGAGCCGGAGCCCGCGGGAGCGGCCCCGGCCCCGGCCCCGUCCCCCGAGCUGCCCCAGCGGGGGCGGCUCCGGCUGGGCUGCGGCUCGCCCGAGACCCCGCUCUUCCGCAGCUUCUUCGCGGAGGAGUGCCUGGCCAUCGCGCGGCAGCUGCAGCUGCAGCUCUCCGGCAUCGAGGCGGAGCCCCUGCCCCUGGAGACCUCCUGGGCUCUGGGGGGCGAGCGGCCCGGGCCCCCGGCGCCGCCCCGCUCAGACCAGCCGGGUCGGGAGCCGCUCGCUCCCCGGCGGGAGGAAGAGGGGCUACGGGCCCGGGGGCCCGGCUGCCAGAGCCCGGGGGCAGUGGAAGUCCCGCCCGCCGGGUCCGGGGGAGCCGCCCCAGCCCAGGGCACAGAGCCCGAGCACGGGGGGCUGCUGGGCCCGCAGGCGCCAGAUGCUCUGAACCUCACCGUUGAGCUCCAGGGGUCUGGGCACACCAGUGCGUCCCUUAGGCAGGUAACAUUUGAGGUCUCUGCUGCUAACCAGCUGGGCUCCACUGUGACCUUGCCUGUGGAAAGGGAGCACCUGGCUGACCAGUCCGAGGUGGAGGAUCUAGAGCGGAGCAGGUCUGCUUAUAGAACCCAUGAGCUGGAAAUCCUAGCCAACGAAAGCACCGUUUCUUUAGGCUCCAGCUCCUUUGCAACCUCCACUCCGCUGAUGGGCCCAGCAAAGUUUCACUUUGUGACAGGGAGUCCCCUAGGAGAUGAUUUGGAACAGAGGGACCCAAACUCCUCUAGACGUUCAAUGCCAAGAGAGCUAACCUGCCCAAGUCAGGCUGGCUCCAAAUCUGCAGCACCCAAGGUAACCCAGAUCGCCAUGCCCAAGUGCGGGAACCUACCUGAAGAAGAGUCCCGUGGCAAGGUCUGUCUCAAACCACCUCGGAAGAGUACUGCAUUGCCUGUCUCUUCCAGAAGCUAUACCAGUACUGAAGGCCAAGCUGCUAUCAAAUCACUGCCCCUGGCCUUUACCACCCCAAGAGCAAGUAGGAGUCUGGCCCUCGCUUCCUUUGAAUCUCGGAGAGCUUCUCGGGAGCUGCUGAGAGCAGGCCUGCCUCCGAGGAGCAGAGGCAUCGCCUCCGAGGGGAAAGCAACAAGACUGUCUCUGGGUAACUCCGGGCCCAGCCUGCAGAAAGCAGCUGCCACUGGAAAAACAAGCCCGGGAUCCAACGUGGAGACCCAGCCUGCUGCCCAACUCCCUGCCAGCGGCACUGUGAAGCAGAGUGCUACAAAGCUACCUUGCAGUGAGAAGUGCCCCUCAUCCCUCCAGCCUCCUACCAAAGUCCCAGGACUCAGCAGCAGCAGCAGCAGCAGACCCUUGCUCAUGGGAUCCCGAGUUUCUCUGGGUCCAGGGAUCCUCUGCACGAGCAAAGGGGCUGGAGCUCCGGGAACCAAACUCCCAACUUACCCAGGUACCAGGCUAAGACUAAUGAAGCCCAGACCCAGCAGCAUGCAGCACAUCAAUGGGACCCUGCAGCCAGCAUGCACUCUUCCCACUGGGCAGCCAGGAGCCAGAUCCAGCCCCCAGGACAAAGAGACGGAAAGUGUCACCAAACCUGGCUGCAACAAGCUGCCUGUUCGAAGGGCUGCCACCGCUGCGAUUCCCACCAGGGCUCCCCACUCCCGACUGAGACCAACAGGGAGGACAACAGCCUCCCCCAAAAGGCUCCCUUCCCCCAAGCGAGCUCGCCUAGGUAAAGACACUAACUCAGCAGCAGCUGCCCAAGCCGUGGAGCCCAGUGGCGGAGAAGGGCUCUCUGUAGACACUGAGGACAAGCCAGUGCUGGCUGUGGGGCAAGACUGCACCAGUGCAGGUGGAAUGGCCCAGCCUCAGACGGGUGGGAAUUCCCCAGCUCCUCUCAGUUUCCUCCCUGACUCUGCCCUGGAGACUGGAGGUGCAGCGCCCUUCAUGCAGCUUCCAGAUCAGCUGCUCUCCCAGGAGCUGCAGAGAGUGAGGAGUGAGCUGCAGAGAGUGAAGAAUGAGCUUGCUGCAAGAGAUGCCCAAUGUGAAGCCUAUCGAAGGACGAUCUCCUCCCUGGAGGCUCAGCUGAGGGCAGGCUCCCUCUCACAGGACUGUGCCUUGGAAGACAAGUGACAGCGAAGCAUGGAGGGCCUGCGUCUGCCUCUCUAGCAGGCUCCUCGGAGAGGUGCACUGCUCUGGAGAGCCUGAAGGAAAACCCUGCAGCCCAGCGCCUGGAGCGAGCGGUGACUGUUCACACAGACACCUGCGGGGGGAAUUCUUAAUUGUGGCUUUUUUGUUUUUGUUUUUUUAAAGGUAAAUAAAGUUCUCUUCCUUCCCCUUG